AUGAAUCGCCUCAAGCUUGCCAGCCCCAAGCUUCGACGCUUUCUCAACCGCCAGUCGCUCAUUGUUGCCGUCGCGAUAUUUACCCUGUGGUUCCUGAUUGUGCAGUUUCGCGGCGAUAUUUCCCAACAGUGGUCGCAGCUGGGCGUCCAAUACCCCGACGCGCGCGAUCCACCCCGGCGCAUGCCUACUCAAAACAUCCUACCGAAGCUCCCUGAGCGUAUUAUGUGCUACGGGCCCCGCGGUUAUCUCCUGGGGAAGAGCCCCGACGACGAUCUGAUGGAAAGGGAGAUGGAUGGGCCCUAUCCAAGACCGUGGGCGGGGUCGUACGAGGAACUCGGCCUUGACCUGACCAUGAUGACGGCCGAGAAUCGGUAUGGGCCCUACGGAUUCGGCGAGGAGAGGGAGGACUACGCUAGGGAAAGGGUCGACUGGGACAGGGUCGACUGGGGGAAGCUGCAGAACGAGUGCUUUGAGAGGAACAAGGAGCGCUUUCCAGAGGCUGCAAAGCCGUUUGACAACGGGGUCCGGUUCGGUUACCGACAUGUCGCAAACAUCCCCAAGAUCCGGCACUGGCACGAGUUUGAACACUCGAGGCGAACUGCCAUUGUGGUGAGAACGUGGAGAGGAUACCGGUAUAUGCCCGAAGACUUGCACUAUCUGCGGUCGCUCAUCGCCGAGGCGACACUCAAGACGGGCGCCGAGUAUCAGGUUAUCCUGUUUGUGGACAUGAAGGAUCAUGAUGGAUACGACAACGAUAUCUGGAGUUCCAAAGAGGCUUAUGAGCAAGGGCUGAGGGACGCUGGGGUGCCCCCAGAGUUUCGGUCCAUUACGCUCUUGUGGGACAGCCGUUUGUUGGAGAGUUGGUACCCGGACAUCGAGGAGCACAGGACCAUGUGGCAGGUGUUCCAGCCGAUGCAGCUCCUCGCUCUGCACUACCCCGAAUUCGACCAUUUCUGGCAAGUGGAAAUGGACAUGCGCUUCCUGGGCGACGCCGGCAAGUUCCUUGAUAGCAUGACCAUGGUGGCGCGCAACGAACCCCGCAAGCAGGCGCUGGAGCGCGCCAGCUUCUGGCACAUGAUCGGCGAGACGGGCGACUACGGCGAGUUCUCCAUCGCCGUGGACAAGGCGAACAAGGGCGGAUCACAUGCAUGGGGCCCGAUGCGAGUGAGCGAGAUCCUGCCCAUCGGGCCGGAACCGCCGGUUGCGGAUCCGCACAACGACUCGUUCCAGUGGGGUGUUGGUGAGGAGGCGGACGUGAUUGUGUCUGGUUUCUGCAACGACGCGAAUAAAGCCCACAAGUGGGUGUUCAAGGAUUGGAUUUACGGCUUGCGGACGGGCGCGCGGACACCUCGUUUCUUCUGCCCGCCCGCCAUUCAGCGCGCCAGUCGGGCGCUACUGCUUGUGAUCCAUCAGGCUCAGAUCGAGUCAGCCAUCCAAGUUCCCAGCGAGGCAACGCUGCCCAGCUUUGCCCUGUGGCACGGGCUGAAGCUCAGUUUCCCCCAGCACCCCGUAUUCCACCGCGAAAACGACGAAGAAAAGAUCCGCAUGAAGUGGUGGAAGGGCGGGCCGCGCGCCAGCUCGACGGGCAUGGGGCCCGACAGCCUGGACCACCCCAAGGGGAAUGGCCUGACGUUUUGGUGGGAGUCAGAGUGGCCGCGAGAAAUCUUCAGCUAUUGGACGGGCCGCGAGACGGAGAAGGACAGGCCGUGGAUCGUGCACGAGCAAGAUGGGAAACUAUACAUGCCUAAUAUUGUACUGCACCCGAUGAAGCACAUCACGGACUGA